AUGAGUGAGGCAGAACAAAAACCCCCGCAGCCCACCCGGAAAGGCGACGAGCUAGGCGCCGGGGUUUGCGGGACCCACGCCCAGGAACCCCCCGCCCCAGACCGGCACGAGGUCGGGGUGGGGGCGUCUGGAGCCCCCGAGAGCCCUGGGCCAAGCUCCGGCUCGCUCCUCGGCAGCUCCACUCACCAAGAACUGGAGCAUAGUGUCGGCAAGGAGGGCGCGAAAGGUGGCUACAGCUCCGAGGGCCGUCGGGACCUACCUCCCCCGGCGCGAUGGGCGGCGCCCGCGGCAGACUUCCGGUUCACGCCCCGCUCCGCCUCUCCCGCCUUGCUUCACCCGGAAGCUGUUCCUGGCGCCCCCUAG